GCGCAAAUCUAUGCGGCGUGACACGCGCGUGAAGAAGGUGCAUUGACUGUACUGUAGUGGCCGCCGUGCUCCUCGCUUCACAUAGAACCGGCCGAACUGUGCUUUAAUUCAUUCCGGCGAAAAUGUCGUGGCUGUUCGGGUUAAACAAAGGGCAGCCCGAACCGCCUCCUGGUUUACCGGCUCAGCCUCCUCCGCCGCCGGCCGGGGGCUCCAGCGGCGACGGAGAUAAACCCAAGGACAAAUGGAGCAACUUCGAUCCCACCGGGCUGGAGCGGGCUGCUCAGGCGGCCAAGGAGCUGGACAAGUCCCGACAUGCCAAAGAAGCUCUGGACUUGUCUCGGAUGCAGGAGCAAACCUCUCAAAUGGAGUACCAGAGUAAAAUAAAGGAGUACGAAGCAGCUGUCGAGCAGCUCAAAGGUGACCAGAUUCGCGUCCAGGGAGAAGAGAGGAGGAAAACGCUACAAGAGGAGACCAAGCAGAAUCAAGCUAGAGCUCAGUACCAGGAUAAGCUGGCUAGACAGCGAUAUGAGGACCAACUUAGACAACAGCAAAUUCUGAAUGAGGAAAACCUUCGCAAGCAGGAGGAGUCCGUGCACAAACAGGAGGCCAUGAGGAAAGCAACAAUAGAGCACGAGAUGGAGCUGCGGCACAAAAACGAGCUCAUGCGCAUCGAGGCCGAGGCGAAAGCUCGUGCUCGCGUGGAGAGGGAGAACGCCGAUAUAAUCCGAGAGCAAAUCCGCCUGAAGGCGGCGGAACACCGACAGACCGUCCUGGAAUCCAUCAAGACUGCAGGUGCUGUGUUUGGAGAAGGAUUCAGGGCGUUCGUGUCCGACUGGGACAAAGUUACUGCCACGGUGGCAGGUCUGACCCUUUUAGCUGUCGGUGUGUAUUCAGCUCGAAACGCCACGGCGGUGGCCGGACGUUACAUCGAGGCCCGACUUGGAAAACCGUCUCUAGUGAGAGAAACAUCCAGAUUCACUGUGGGAGAGGCCAUCAAGCAUCCAAUUAAGACAGUCAGGAGGAUGAAGAGUAAACCUCAGGAUGCCCUGGAGGGAGUUGUUCUCAGUCCUUCAUUGGAAGAGCGUGUGCGUGACAUUGCCAUAGCAACAAGGAACACAAGGCAGAACCACGGUCUUUACCGGAACAUCCUCAUGUACGGCCCGCCAGGAACAGGCAAAACGCUGUUCGCUAAGAAGCUGGCAAUGCAUUCUGGGAUGGAUUAUGCCAUCAUGACCGGUGGGGAUGUUGCACCAAUGGGCCGUGAUGGCGUUACGGCUAUGCACAAAGUUUUUGACUGGUCCAGCACAAGCAGACGCGGACUGCUGCUGUUUGUUGAUGAAGCUGAUGCAUUCCUUCGCAAAAGAGCCACUGAAAAAAUCAGUGAAGACCUCAGAGCCACUCUGAACGCCUUCUUGUAUCGCACUGGUGAACAAAGCAACAAGUUUAUGUUGGUAUUGGCCAGUAACCAGCCGGAGCAGUUCGACUGGGCCAUUAAUGACCGUAUAGAUGAAAUAGUGAAUUUUAAGCUGCCGGGUCUCGCAGAGAGGGAGCGACUGGUGCGAUUGUACUUUGACAAAUAUGUGCUGGAGCCAGCCACUGGAGGCAGACAGAGGAUGAAGCUCGCUCAGUUUGAUUAUGGUAGAAAGUGCUCGGAGAUCGCUAAGAGGACAGAAGGGAUGUCGGGAAGAGAGAUCUCCAAGCUGGGUGUGGCCUGGCAGGCUGCAGCGUAUUCCUCGGAGGACGGCGUCUUGACAGAAGCGAUGAUCGAUGCUCGGGUUGACGACGCCGUCAAGCAGCACCUUCAGAAGAUGGACUGGCUGCGUGGUGAGGAGGAGGCGAAGAGUCUUACGCCUCCUCCUCCUCCAGCUGGGGGUCCAGGCAGCGGAGGGAAAAUGGGUUUUAAUCUACCGCUGAAGGAGACGCCUCAGGCUCAGGAGGUGAUCGCUCCUGUCCUCGAAAUGAAUACAGAGCAACAAAGUGAAAGCGUGCUGCCUCCUUCUGACAGCGACCAAUCAGCAGCUGGACCGGACUGUGAAGAUGCUGCCAGAGCUGACUUUAAGACAACAGAUGUGGGGUUAAACCAGCCUGAUGCCUUCACUGACAGUGGGACAGGAAAACAGGACAAGACGGGCCCCUGUCCACCUAAGGAUGGAACUCCAGUUUGAGUUCUGGAUUAGAAACAUUAGUGUCCUGCCCUCUUAGCUAGUUUGGGAGAGAGAAAUCAUUUUUCUUUCAUAACGCAAAUUAAUGCCUGAAGCUUUCAUUUUAAUAUAUAAUGUAUACAUUGUAAAAGUGUACUUAACUUAGUAGUAAUGUGUAAUAAAUACACUAUAAUGUUGUGCA